ACUACCGAUUCUCAUCAUCCCCAAACCGCUAUUUCUUCUUCAUUUCCCACAAUUGCAUCUCUAAAUUGAAUCAAUCCUCUUGAGCUGCGUCGUCCUAACUAUCAUGACCUCCGCGCCCUCAUCGUCGUCAGAUUACCGCCGGCGGGUGCCUCACGGGGACAUCGAUCAUGACGAGUACAAUUGGAGCCUCAGUAAUGUUUCAAAAUUGUUAUCUCUGAGAGAGAUGACGCCUCAAACAACGAGAGCACCCAAAAGUCUUUGGGGAAAGGAAUUCUAUUUCUGUCCAUAUUCCUAUGGACUGAAACGUGAUCAGCCAAAAGAUGCAAGACAAGAGAUUCGCAUGUGGGUAGAAGCAGAGUCAUUACUACAUUUAUCAGGCAUGUAUUGCCAGAUCGAACCUCAACCAAGAGCAACAUUGGCAAUAGACUUCAGUCCUGAUGGAAAGAUGCUUGCUUCUACUCAUUCAGACUUUAGUGUGAGGAUAUUUGAUUGUCAAACUGGAAGAUGCUUAAAGGUACUCACAGGGCAUAAAAAGGUACCUUGGACGGUUAAAUUCCAUCCAAUUGAUCCUAAAGUUCUUGCAAGUGGAAGUUUAGACAGGGUAGUACACCUGUGGCAUGCAAAUACUACAACCCCUAUCAGAUCGUAUAAUUUUGAUUAUCAUGUACGUUCAAUAGCCUUCCAUUCCCAAGGGGAAAUAUUGGCAGUAGCCUCCGGAAAUAUGGUUUAUAUAUGGAAAUACAACGCUAUAGAGCAGAAUGAACCUACAUCUAUCCUGAGUACUUCUAAUGUUUUCCGAGCAGUGCAGUUUCAUCCGUGGACUGCACAGCUUCUUCUGACGGCUGAGGAUAAUAGAUGGAGUAAUAAGGAACCUGCAACAUUUCCGGGAUUCACACGUCACCCCUCUCCAACUCUACAUUUUUCAGAUGCAAACUCUGUUUAUCGGUCUAAUUCACGCAAUGGAUCUCCAAUUACGUCUUUACCAUUUCUAGUGUGGCCGUCGAUUACCAGAAGUGAUGCCAGCUCAGUUUCCGAAAGGGCAGAUCCCAGCACCAGCUCUUCUGUUUCAGCGCAGAUUGGGGAGUCAUCGGCAUCCAGGAGACUUCUUACAUAUACAACACCCCCUGGUGAAUUUGAACUCAGAUUAUCUUCGAUCCAAUCUCCUGGUAGAGAAGAGCCACAAAUGAACACUUCCACCAGUGAGAUGGGAAAUGAUGUUUCUGAACCAGUUGCUGAACCUACGGAGAUUGAAACUGAAGGUGAUAGCAGACAUCAAUCUCUUCCAUUUGGUGACCCAUCAUAUUGGGAACUUCCAUUUUUACAAGGAUGGUUGAUUGGUCAAGGUCAAACAAUGCCUGUCGCAUCAUCAGCUCCUUCACCAUUUCAAUAUGUUGAAAGUGCAGGAGAUGCUGCUAGAAGAUCUCGAUCACGAUACCGAUCUUCACACCGUUCGAGUAAAGAUCCUCAAUCCAAUAUUGGUGCUUCUCCUUCUCCAUCUCCAUCUCCACCUCAGCAGGGUAAAUCACCACCUUUACUAAAUGCACCUCGAUCUGCGGCAGCUGCUGCUAGUUUGGUUCGAAGGCCAGCUUUUGCUAACACAGUGGUGCUUAAAAUAUGGCACCAUGAAAUAAAAACUCCAUUCAUACCUCUUGAUGCAAGGAGAUGCCGCUUAACAAUUUCCAAUGCUGUUCUUUGUAGUGAAAGAGGUGCUCAUUUUUCUCCAUGCGGAAGAUUUUUAGCAGUUUGUGUAGAAUGUUUCGAGCCAUUCAUGAGUCCUCUUGAUCUCCCAACUAAACAUUCCAGAUUCACAGUCGAGGACAUUACUUAUGAAUUAAGGAUAUAUUCUCUUGAGGAGGCUACCUUCGGUUCUGUUUUAAACACUCAUCCGAUCAAGGCCGCUGGAUGCUUAACUUCAAUACAGUUCUCGCCUACCUCAGAACAUUUGUUGUUAGUUUAUUGUCGGCAACACAAUGCACUUGUCAAAAGCUCUCUGAUUGACGGAGGCAAGAUAGUAUUGAAUCACACAAUUCUAGAGAUGUAUAGAGUUUGUGAUAUGGAACUUAUUAAGAUUCUUGCCACUGCGGAAGAAAUGGUAAACUCAGCAUGUUUCCAUCCUUCAGUUGGUGGAGGCUUUGCUUAUGGAACCAAUAAUGGAAAGGUGCGGAUUCUGAAAUGUGACAUAUCGCAUGGCUUUCGAAAUGAUGAACCAGAGGUUCCUGAAGGCAUAUUUGAGGUUUAGAGAGUGUUUGGCCUCAGAAGGGUGGUCAUGUCAAUAGAAAUCAGCAGCAGCAGCAGCAUCAUUGAGCUUGACACUGUUGCUGCUCAUUCAUCGACAAAUGCGUUGGAUGGAUUAAGACAUACAUAUACAUAGACAUACAGUCGAUGAUGCUGUACAGAUAUUGGAACUGAUGGAUCUGCAAUUUUCUAGUUGGUUUAGUGUGUGGAUCUGAGUGAACAUUACAUAGGGCAUAAGAAUAGGUAGAGGUAUCCAUCAUUCAUUUUCUUGUUCUGUUUCAUGGAUAGAAGAUUGAUUGAUUGACCUUCCUUGUACAUACAACACUGCACUGCAUUCAAAUCAUAAAAGCAAGCAUUCAGUAGUUCUUCAUAUAUAGGUGGUUGGUGUUUCCUUUCCAUCCCAACACUUGGAACAUUAUUAGUACUACUUGUGUGUGGAGUGUUGAACUUAAAACACUAGUCAAUUCUCAUAAGGAUAAACAAUAGGAGAUGUGUGAUUGACUUUUAAGGAUGGAUCCAAAAGCCCAAAAAAUUCAAAAACAAUUUGAAGAUCCUUAGUUCAAACUAGGACUGGACUCACUGAUAAAAUACUAUGACAUAAAACAAGUCAAAAGUGUUUGAAACAUGAAACGAAAUGCAAAUAAAAGUAAAAAUAUGAACAAACAGCAUAAGUUGCUUGAUUCUUGUUCCCCUUCCCCCAAAUCAAUUCCCAAUAAGGUGUCACAUUUGAUUUCGAGAAUUCAAACCCCGGCCUACCUCAGAAUG